AUGCCGAGCGAGGCGGAAUCGGAAGAGCGCGAGAGACUCAUGGCGCGCGACGUCGCGCGCGGGCGUCGCGGGAACGGCGCGAUGCGAGGGACGAAACGCGACGAAGGCGAUGGGUCGCGCUCGAGCGGGGAAUCGUCAACGAGCGGACGGGCGUCGCGCGAGAUCGCGCGCGCGAUCGCGGGCGUCGCGGUGAUCGCGUGCGCGAUCACAUUCGCGCGGACGAUGGUCGGAAGAGACGCGUCGGGGCGACGGGGGGGGAGGACGCGCGUCGCGCUGGGCGCGGCGUCGGGACGGAGCGCGAGCGGUCGACCGAGGGUGUUCGGGUACGACAUCGUGCGAACGACGGCGCACGACCCGGAUGCGUUUACGCAAGGGUUGACGUUUUGUGGCGACGGGAUGCUGUGCGAGAGCACGGGAGCGACGAGAGGGAAAUCGACGGUUCGCGUGACGGAGGCGGCGAGCGGAGAGCUCUUGGCGCGGGAGGAAAUCGACGACGUGUUCGCGGAGGGAUUGGCGCGCUCGGGGAGCGACGUGCACGUCAUCUCGUGGAAGAGUAAUCGAGGAUUCUCUUACGAGGUCGGCGCGGAGGGGACGCUACGAAAAACGGGGACGUUCACGACGCCGUUGUCCGAUGGGUGGGGCGCCGCGGAGCUCGGAGGCGAGCUCUACGUCACGGACGGAAGUGAUAAGCUUCACGUCCUCACGCUUCCGCGAAAAGACGGUGAUGUAUUGGAGCUGAAGCGUUCGAUGACCAUAACGGACGGCGAUCGACCCGUACGCUUCGCGAACGAGCUGGAGACGGUGGGCGGCGAACUGUACGCGAACAUCCUUGAGCGUCCUUGUCUGGCGAGGAUCGAUCCCUCCACUGGCGUAGUCACCGCAUGGAUCAAUCUAAAAGGCUUGAAAGAAUCACAGCCGAACAAUGGACGAGGUGAUGUUAUGAACGGGAUCGCCUACGACGAGGCGAAUGAUGCGUUACACGUCACCGGAAAGUUAUGGCCCGCGACUUUUGAAGUUAAACUUCUCGAAUCCGCCGUGGACUCUGCGGAGAAUCUUCGAGCGACUCGCGCGAUAUGUUGGCCCCCGAGCUCGUUACCACAGUACGGAUACCCUUAG